GGCAGUUUACUGCCUUGAAACUUUAGCCGUGUAAGGGGCUGGUCAUUGCCACUUGUCACGAUAGGGUUUUGCCACGUUUAUUUUUUUUUUAAAAAAAUAUUUUUAAUUGUUUGAUUUGACGGUUAUGUGUUCUGAUCAAAAAGUAUUGUAUUUAUGUAUUUUUCUUUUAUUUUUUUUUAUUAUUUUCGAAUCUAAAUUUUGUAAUUGGUAAUCUCUCUCAUCUCAACUGUUCAUCUUCUUCCCCAUUUUCAGUUUUGUUAUACGGUUGUAGUAGUGGGUGGUUUUUUCAUUUUAAAAAAUUUCAAAUCCCAUACCACUAUCUUAAACUUCCCUCUCAUUUUCCCUCCCAUUUUUAUUAUUUUUGUCUAUAAAUACCUUCAUAGUUCUUGAUAAUGGCCGUUACUCGUUCAUCACCAUCUCCGGCCAAAGUUACAAAACCCACAAAACAAUCGCAGAAAACCAGACCCAAAUCAAAAAUGGGUAAAAAAAAUCUGAAAGAGAACCCUCCUAGCCCCACUUCCCCUUCUGUUAAAAGAAAAACCAUUGCUGGACCUUCGAAGAACACUCGAGGAAAAAGACCUCGAACUGUUGUUGAAAAUUCAGACUCAGAUUUUGAGUUGGAUUCUGAAUUUCUUAAGUCGCCUGUUUCUGUUAAGGUAUUUUACUAUUUAUCUGUUGUUGUUUUUGAGGUUUUUUGUUUUUUUUGUUAAAUUCGAUUUUUGAAGUUCAUAUAUCUGGGUAUUUGUUUGUUUUUGUCUCUGUAUUUGUAAUGGUUUUAUAUAUUUUGUUUGAUUUAUUUAUGUGUUUUUGUUAAUUUUUUAUUUGUUGUUUUGUUGGUGUUGUUUUGUUUAAUUUUAGGGCAAGGGUAAAUCCCCUGUAAAGGUGUUGCCAUCAUCAGGUGUGACUGAGGAAAUUCCUGUUAAUAGGAUUGUUGAGGUUUGUCAUGUUAUGCAUUCUGUUCCAUGUUUUUUUUAUUGUUUUUUUGUUGUUGUUAUUUUCGUAGUGUUUUAUGGUGUUUUAUCAGUGUUUUUAUUGUUCUGUUUUUUAGGAUUGGGAAUGCAAGUACACCCGAUCUCAAUUCUAUCAUUCUAGAGUAGUAACAUCUGGGUAUUACUCUGUACUUGGUGACAUUAAGAGAAUUCUAACUGAAAGCCAAUUGGAAAUUUUUUCAAAAUCUGUGUUUGGUUAUUUUCUUCGGAUUCCGGAGUACAUAAUUCAUUACCAAUUGCUUCAUUGUUUGCUGUUGAGGGAGGUUCAGCAGCCUAAUGGGUUGGAGUUUUGGGUUUGUGUCCAAGGGAAAUACCUUAGGUUUAGUAUCGAAGAGUUUGCGUUGGUCACGGGGUUAGAUUGUCAUGUUGAUUCUGAUUUUUAUCAGCUUAAGCAAGAUGAUAAUGAAUUGAUCAAACAUUGUUUUAAGGGGUACAAAAAAAUUACCAAGGGUGCUAUUCAGACUGCUUUUAUUGCUGACAAUCUUAAGGAUAACGACGAUCUUGCAGUCAAGUUGGCUGUAUUGUAUUUUGUGCAGUGUUAUUUGUUAGGUGGUCCCCUGGGUAAAGUUGUUUCGUCUGAGGAAAUAGAUGUUGUCGAUAGUGGUCGAUAUAAUGAAUUUGGGUGGGGCAAGCAUUGUUUUGAUAUCACUAUGCAUUCUUUGAAGGGUAAGAUAGAUUCUGGUUAUAAGAGGGUAGUUCGUAGUGACGAGGAUGGUGGGUAUUACAGGUUAUUGGGUUUUCCUUUGGCUAUUCAAUUCUGGUUUUUCGAGUGUUGCCCGUAUGUUAUUGGGAAACUGUCCUUGUACUCAAAUGCUGACAUUCCAAGGAUUUUGAAUUGGCCUAAAUUACCCAAGGACAAGGAGGGUAUGGUGAAAAUGGAUGUAAUGAACACCCUCAUUUUCGAUCGGUCUUUGAAAGAGGUAAUCCUGUUGUUUUUUAUUAUCUUUCCACUGUUGUUUUAAUGUUGUUUUUGUAUACAUUAUUUAUACUUUAUGUUUUUAUUGUUGUUGUUAUUUUAUAAUAUCAGUUUCAUGUGCAUAUUGUUUUUUUUUUUAGUUUUUGUUGUUUCAGUUAAAAUUAAGAAACAUCACUCCAACUUCCGUUGAGAGAUUGAGUUUGAGCCUCACUGAUUUUUUCUCUGGUAAGACUACUCCCGAGGCUGUAAAAUUCAAAAUUAAAGGUGGUUCCAAGCCUGCUGGUCAACCUGGCUUGAUGGGUUCUUCUUCAUCAUCUGCUCAUGAGAAUGUCUCCUGAGUUGAGUUUGAGGAAUUUAAAAAGUGUUUAUCUGUUGUUGUCAGCCAGCAAGGGAUUCUUAUGAAAUCUGUUGCUGAGAUGAACAAGAAGCUGGACAUUCUUAUUGAGUCAUCCCAAGGUGGUCUUACUCACAAUGGAUCUCAGUCUGAAGAUGCUCUUCGUACUUCAGAAAAUGAGGAUGAUGAAGAUUCCACUUCGGAGGAAGACGAGGAUGAUAAAUUCGACGAUGAUAAAGGAGAUGAUCAUCAUGACGAUGAAACUGAUGAUGAUGAUGAUGAUGAUCUGGGUGGAGAUGGUGUUGGUGCUGGUCAGGAUGAGGCUCACACGGGCGAUGUUCGUAACGAUAAGGGUGUUGUUGUCCCCGAGGUUGUUUCGAGGGAUGAUGAUACCGGCAAGAUGGAUGAUGCCAAGAAUUCUGACCCUGUGGAACCUAUUGCAGAGAUCAAACAUGUGUAUUUAUUGUUUGGACAUCAUUUUUUUGUGCUUUUUUGUGUGGAUUUCUGUGUUUUGUGUUUGUUUUAAUAGUUUUUUACUGUUUUUUUUGUUAUCAGCCUGAACAGUCUCAAGGUGGGGAGGACAACAUUGAUGUUGAUGCAACAAUUGCAUCUGCUGUUAAAGCUGUGGAGAAUUUGGUUUGUGUUUCUGUUUUUUUUUUUUUGUAAUUUGUAUUUAUAUGGUAUUCUAUUGUUGUUUUUAUGGUGUUUUUAUUGUACUGUUUGAAACUUAAAAAAAUCUUUUUUUUUUUAUCCUUUCUCUUUUUUAGAUUGGUUCCUCAACUAAUGCCCCUGCUCCUGUUGAGACUUAUGAGAAGACUGAUCUUGAAAUGGUUGUUUUUCAAGAGACUCCUAUUUUACGUCCUCAAAAGAGGGAUCAGAAGAAAGGAGCUGUUUUGAAAUCCCCAUUCAUUGAGCUUGCUUCUGGUGCAUCUAAAUCAGGUUCAUCCUCAGUUUCUCCUGAUGAUUCUGUGUAUAAGGUCGUUAAAUAUGUGCGUGGUUUGUGCCCGUUGGACAACAAGAUUGGUGAACCUGUCGAUCCGCAAUUGGAAGCUGAGUUUGUCAAGUGGGUUGAUACAGGUCUUAGAAAGCAUAAAUCUAACACAACAACUAAUGUGUAUUGUAAGGGUAAGGACACAAUAUUUCCGCCAUUUCGUUUUGGUGUUGAGGACAUCGGCAACAAGAUGUGGUUUCAUAACCUUGCCUACCCUAAUUGUUUCCUUACCAAUUCUCACAUUGACAUCAUUUUCUAUUAUCUUCGUAAGAAAAUAAUGUACUCAGCCGAGCCGAAAAUCAAAGUCACCACAACUGAUUGCCUGUUUUGUUCUAGCAUAACAACUUUGUAUGAGAAGUUUGUUGAGAAAAACAACGAUAUAUCGGUGUUGUCUCUUUCUCACAAUGUGGCCCAGUACAUUCAAGGUGGUAAGAUAUUAUGUGCCACUCCUUGGCAUUUGGUUGAUCAUGUUGUUAUGACUAUCAAUGUAAAAUUACAGGAUCAUUGGAUUUGUGGUCGUCUUAACAUAGUUGACAAGCGCAUAUAUCUGUACAAUUCAUUGCGUUCUGGGAGGUAUAUGACAGCUGCCAAAGAGGCUUGCAAGCCUUUCUCUGUUAUUUUACCAUAUUACUUCUCUAUGUUAGACUUCAAAGGCCUUCGCAACGAAGCUAAGUUUAGCACUAUGGAACCUUUCCCUAUUGUUGCUGUUGAUGGUUUACCCGAUCAGGUCACAGCGUAAGUUUUAUGUUUAGUGUUCAAUGUUUUUCACUAGUUGUUUGUAUUUUUAUUUUUAUGUUAUGUGACUUUGUUUUUUAUCAGUGUUCUCAUAGUGUCUUUUUUUGUGUUUCCUUGUUGUUUUUUUUCCAGUGAUUGUGGUGUUUUUGUUGCAUCAUUUGCUGAGUAUUUCAUUGAUGGCAAACCCAUCCCAUCCUCUGAUUUUGAUGUGGAAAUUCACCGCGAUCGUUUGGCUGUGUUAUUUUAUCAAUAUGGGAUGAAGAAGCAAACUGAGAACAUUGAAAGUGAAUCCGAGGCCCCUCCCAGCCUUCCGAAGAAGUGAUUUAUUUUUUCAAUCAGACUGUCAUUGUUCUUAUAGUUUUUUAAUGUUGUUUUAAUGUUUUUUAUGUUGUUUUUCUUAAACAAACAUUGGUGUUAUGUUGUGUUUCCUUACGUUUUGUGUGGACCACAUGUAAUCUUUUUAUUUUUGUAUGUUUUUUCUUAUUAUUUUUAUGUAAAAACAAGUUGGUAUGUUAAAGUUGUUUGUUUUUUCAUUUCACAUCCCUUCUUUUUUUGUUUUUUUUUUCUUAUAGUUUCUCUGUUUUUUUGAAUACAAAUAUUAAUUUCAGUAUUAAAAACACAAACUGUUUCAAUAACAAACUUCAUAUAUAUAUUCAAUUUAGUAUCCAACAUCUUUUAAUAUCCAAUCUAAAGUAUCAACAAUUCCCAAUGUAAUCAAUGUUUUUCAAAUAAAAAAUGUAUUCCCUUUGUAUUUCAGAAAUUUAAAUUCCUCAAUAUCUCAUUCUCAAAACUUAUGUGUAGUUUUCUUUUGUUUUUCCACUGUUGUUCUGUUGUUGUUUUUAUUCCCUUCUACGUCUUCUGCUCCAUGUUCUUUUGUUAUGCCUCAGUUCACCACAUUUGCUGCACUUGUUGUGUUGAUCCUUUUCCCAUCCAGCCUUCCUUCUCAAUGUUUUUGGUCUUCCUGAUUUUACUCUUUCAUGUGGAGGCAAGACUAUAAUAUUCUUCACUUCUUCCGGUACCUCCCAUUCACUUUGGUGUCCUAUUGGGUAAACUGUCCCUGAAUAAGUUGCCAGCCAAUUUUUUUUCGUGUAGUAAUUUAAACAGUA